CGGCCCCGCACGGCCCCGCCGGGACACGGCCCCGCCGGGACACGGCCCGGCCCCCAGCCCCGAGGAGAGGUGUGAGGGCUCGCCAUGCCGCUGGUGAAGAGGAACAUCGAGCCCCGGCACCUGUGCCGGGGGGCCCUUCCCGAUGGGGUGACGAGUGAGCUGGAGUGUGUCACCAACAGCACGCUGGCUGCCAUCAUCAAACAGCUGGGCAGCCUCAGCAGGCACGCAGAGGACAUCUUUGGAGAGCUGUUCAACGAAGCCAACAGCUUCUACAUGAGGAUGAACUCACUGCAGGAGAGGGUGGACCUGCUGGUCAUCAAGGUGACGCAGCUGGACUCCACCGUGGAGGAAGUUUCACUGCAGGACAUCAACAUGAGGAAAGCCUUCAAGAGCUCCACGGUGCAGAACCAGCAGGUGGUGUCCCGCAACUCCAUCCCCAACCCGGUGAUGGAGAUGUACCAGCGCUGCGACAAACCCCCGCCCCUCAACAUCCUCACGCCCUACAGGGAUGACAAGAAGGAUGGCCUCAAAUUCUACACCGACCCCUCCUACUUCUUCAACUUAUGGAAGGAGAAGAUGCUGCAGGCGACAGAAGACAAGAGGAAGGAGAAGCGCAGGCAGAAGGAGCAGCGGCUGGUGGAGGACUCCACCCGGGAGGUGAAGAAAGUGAGGAAAGCCCGCAACCGGCGCCUGGAGUGGAACAUGAUGGCGUAUGAUAAAGAGUUCCGGCCGGAUAACAGGUUCUCACCAUCCCCCUAUCACAUGGCAUCAUCGGAAGGAUCACUGUCCCCAGAUAAUAGGUCCUACGCGUCGGACGCCGCCGACCACUCGUACCCGGCCAGCCCCAACCACCCCGCGCAGCUGCUGGCCCCGGCGGCCCACCUGGCCCCCGCGGAGCACAAGGAGGGGCUGGCGGCCACCAACCCCCCCGAGCACGUGUUCCGGCCGGCCGCGGGCAGCCGGCAGAACAGCCUGACCCGCCUGCAGCAGCCCCACGCCCCGCCGCCCCCCGAGGCCGUCCUCAACGGACCCAGACCGCACCUCGUCAAGGAUUACGGCCCGCAGCCGGUGCCCAUGGCCGAGUACUUCGUGCCGCCGGCCCCGCCGCCGCCGCCGCCCGUCAUCCCUUCGGCGCAGACCGCCUUCGACAGCCCCAUCUCGGCUCCCCCCGCGCUGGCCCCCGGCUCGGCCGCGGCCCCGUCCUACGCCCCGUCGCCGCCCCCCGCGCCGCCCGGGCCCUACUCGGCCUCGCCGCCUCAGAGCGGCCCCCUGGNCGUGUCGGCCUCGCCCGCGCACUCCGCCUCGCCGCCCGCGCCCGCCGCCGAGCCGCGCAAGCCGCAGGUCCCGCUGAUGCCCAUGAGCGACGCCCGCAGCGACCUGCUGGCCGCCAUCCGCAGGGGAAUCCAGCUCCGGAAGGUCCAGGAGCAGUGGGAACAAGAGGCCAAGAAAGAGCCCGUGGGCAAUGACGUGGCGACCAUCCUGUCGCGCCGGAUCGCGGUGGAGUACAGCGAGUCCGACGACGACUCCGAGCUGGACGAUAACGAGUGGUCGGACUGAGGGCCCCGGGCUGGGCGGGCUCGGGGCUCCAGCUCUGCUCCAGGUGUGUGUGGGCACCUCCCCAAGGUCGCUGCCGGCGGGAGGGGGCCCCGCUCGGUCAGGAGCUUUGCUUUUACACUAUGUCCAAAACCCUUCGGGCAGCAGCAGCAGCAGCACUGGUAGGAUACACCUCGGAGGCAGUGAGACCAGAAAUUAGCAGCACCUUCACAGUUAAUGACUUCCAAAAUUCUCUGAAGGCAGGUUAAUGGGAUUACUCCGGAUUUGCACCUGGAGCAAGAGCGGAGACUGGCCCUGAGUGUGCUUUGUGGGAGAAGGGAGCCCCAGAGGCAGCAGUGCUUUUCCAGCUAAAUAUUAAUUGUGAUAACGAGAAGCUCCUGGAGAAGAAGCCUUGUUUGCACAGCUGGUGCCACCACGGGAGCCCAGGGGUGGGCUUGGGGACACUGCUGCUGGUGGUUCUGGGGCCAGGCAGCUCCAAAGGCUGUGUGUGGGCAGGAGCCUCCUUCCACCACGUUUAGUAGCAGUCACACCCCUGUGUUGUUGCUCCCUGGAAAAUCAUGGAAUGCUUUGGGUUGGAAGGCACCUUUAAAGCCCAUCCAGUCCAGCCAGGACUGGGACACCCUCCACCAGACCAGGCAGCAUGAGCAGCCUGAGGUGUUGGUGACCUUAGCCUGUAUCCACCCUCAGAGCUGGUUUUCUAGGAGCAAAGGGGAAAGGCAAGGCUGCAGUGGCUGGCAGGGAGACCCAGCCUUGUCUGGGCUUGUCCUGCCUUUUCCAGUGAAGGAGUAGAGAUGUCCAGGGAGCUCCCACAAGCCCAGCUCUCCUUGGCCUUAGCAUGCCACCAUUUCAGUGUGAUUUGGGAAAAAGUGAAUCAGACAAUCUGCUGCUUUCAGGUAAACUCUCAACUUGCACUUUGCAGCCCCACAAACUGUGCCUGUACAAUUGAGAUGAGGCACUGAUUCCCCCUACCUGAUCCUGCUCCCUCCCCUGUCCCAGGUAUGGACACUGAUGGAGGAGCUGGGUGACCAGCCCCUGUUUCAGCACUGAAAAUACCUGUUUCAGCACUGAAAAUACCUGUUUCAGCACUGAAAAUACCUGCUUUCCCAUCAAAACAGAGCGUGACCCGUGGAAGACUUUUCACAGAGCUACAAAGGAGGGGGCACGGAAGAAGGCAGAACAAAGGGGUGGGAAAUACUGGAAAUAUCACAGGCAAUAAAACCUGCAGAGGGCUGGGAGAGGUUCCCCACCUGUGGAAAACGGGCCAGGACCAGCUGUGGAUUGGCCAGUGUGGUGUCCCCAGACCCCCUCUUGUGUUCCCCUGUAUCACGAGACCCUGAACAGGCAAAGCCUGAGCUCUGUGCCCAGUUCUCUGCCCCUCCCAGUAGCCCUGCAGGUGAUGGCUGCUUCAGCAGGAUUUUGGCUAUGUAGAAGCAGCCAGACCUGUAGAAGAGGUGGGAGGGUGUGGAGACCCAAAUGCUGAUGGUUAAAUUCACAAAAUCCUAGAAUGGUCUGGGAUAAAAGGGACCUUAAAGACAUCAUCUCAUUCCACCCCCCUGCCAAGGGCACUUUCCACUAGAGCAGGUUGCUGAUUUCCUGGGAAGUGCUGGUGUUGAGCAAUGUCCCAAACAUCUGCUCAUUUGCCCCCAGUGACAAACCCUCAUGGCCAGGUGUGGUGAACCCUCUGCCCAGCUGCUGGGAAAUGCCCCAGGAGCCCUCCCUUCUCCUGAGGGGCACAAAAUGGUUUCUUGUCCCUUGGAUGUGACACCUUCCACACCCAGGCUGGGAGCUGUGCUGCUGAGUGGGCUUGAGCAGGGGUGCAGGAGGGAUUUGGGAUGUGGGAUGUGGGAGAGGGCAAGGCAAGAAGCAACAGGAUACAGGGAAUAACUCAUCUGCAAAACCCAAGGAGCAGGAGUGACCAGAGGAGCAGGGAGGCACCGUGCCCUGCAGGUGACCAGGGCAUUCCUGGUGCACACUGAGAGCUCUUGAUUCUGGUUUUGACCCUCUGAGAUGCAGGGAAAUGGCUGCAAGAGCUUUUUACAGAGCCCCUGCAGUGCUCAGGACCUGCUUUCCUUGGGAAGGCAGCUGGGGUUUGGCUGGAGCAGGUUCAGGAGGAGGCAGAGUAAAAAUUCAGGGCAACAGUUAAGGUGGAGUUUCUGGUGGAGCGUUACUAACGUAGAUAAAAUCACAAAACCAUGUGUAAGAGAAGAGAAAUUUGGUUUAUUUAGGAAGGGUAAUAGCCCUUUGUGAGAGAGAGAAAAUAUCAGGGGCUGGUGGAGCUGCUCUUAUCUCUUCCAGAGGUGGAGGGGCUGCAGAGUGGCUGUGGGGACCCAGCAGAGCUGAGGAGCCUGGGGAGGGGCUCAGGGACACAGGGGACAUCCCUGGCUCUGUGAUGUCCCAGUUCUGCAGAGCUGAGCCAGUCCUGGUGGGAGCUGAGGGCAGCCCAGUGCCCCUGCAGGACCGAGUCCCUUUUCAUGCACCAGUUGCUGUGUGUGUCACAUGGGGCCGUGCAAUUGGGGCAGGGCUCUGUGGCUGUGUGGCAGGUCCUGUCACCUCACAGCACCCCUGCUGGCACUGGCAGCUGCCAGGAUUGAGUGCUUGACAAUCACAGGAAGGCUGGGAGGGACCCUAAAGGUCAUUUGGGUCACUCAGGCCACAUCUGCCCAGCUGGCAGCCCCAGGGGGGCAGGAAAGGCUCACCCCCAUUUCCUCACACCACCAAUGUCCCCAGUGGUGUAAGAGCCCCCAUCCCAGCAUGUCCCCAGGCAUCCUGCUCUGCUGAGGGAAAUCCCUGAGAGCACAAACCCAGCUCACGUUCCCAGCUGCAAAGCCAGCAGCACCACGACCUGCCAGCACUGCCAGCUGGUGGGACACAUCCCCACCCUCCUCUUCAGGGACCAGAACUGCCAUGGGAACCCUUCAGCUCUCUUGGUAGCAGGGGUGGGAUUCCCCAUCCCCACCCCAGAGAUGUGUCUGGCUGGAGAAGUGCCCUCAGGGGGGUUUGGACACCCAUUCCUGGUCUGGCCAUGGCACACCCAGCUCCUGCCAACCCUCCCAGCAGCCCCACAGGGCAGGGAAGCACCAGGAAUCAUUCGGGUGGGAUUGGACCUGCAGGAUUUCCACACUGGAGCAUUAACACCGCAGUCCCAUGAGAGCCAUUCCAUCCUCAGUGCCUUCCCUUGAGGGACUCAGCCACGCUCCACCACCUCUCUUUGAGGCAGAAUCACCUGCUUUUUGCUCAGGUGACCUUUGCAAUCCAACAGAAGUGACACCAAUUCCUUGGCUGCUCUGGGUGGUGCUGCUGGGAGUGUGCCACACUAAUUAACACUGUCUGUCUGCCCCACAUGCUGCACGCUCAGUGGUUUGUACAUUUGUGCCUAUUUCUGUACAUUCCCCCCAAAGUAGGCCAUGCUGAGUUACACAACCUGAAAUGCUCAAAUCCUCAUGUGGGCUGAUAUAAAAGUGAAUAUUUAAGUAUUUUAUCUAGCUUGGCAGACAUUAAAAAAUACAAUCCAGGUCACAGAUGAUUGAAUUUCUCCUCUCUCAAGAGUGCCAGAAUUGGGCUGAGGAGAUUCUCCUGUACAUUAAGGUAUCGUGUUCCCUGCUGAAAUAUAGCAGUGGCAUUUCAUUGCCAAAGGAUAAUCACAGAGUGCCAAACAUUUAAUGAGUCCAACUGAUCUCCUGAGAGCUCCUCUUUCCAUUUUAUCUGCUUCCCCCUACUUGCCAAUUUAUGGGCAUAGAUUAAAAAUAAUAAAUAUGGCUGUCAACAGCAGGGGGAAAUAUCCUGUGUCCAUACAAACGGGGUGGGCUGGAGUCAGUGGAACAGUCAAUGAGUAAAUCUUGGCUCUGCUUGGAGAUGUCAGUGGAAGGCUGUCACCCUUGAGGUCCCUCAGGAACCUCUUGGACAUCCCAGGUGCGUCUGAAAAGGGACUUUAGAGGGAGCCCUGUGCCCGUGGUGCAGCUGUGAAGCCACCCCAGGGUGCAGGAGGUCCUCUCGGGGGGCUGGGGAUGGGGGGAGCCCUGCAGAGUUCCCUCUGUGUCUCCCUGCUUUGGGGUGACCACUGCAGCUGGCUGGUGGCUCUCAAAGGAUCAGUGGCCUGCAGGAGGAAUGGAUUGGGCAGUCUCUGGUUUCUAAUUCCCCACCCAGGGAGGAGACCUAGAGAGGAGCAAUCACCCAUCCCACCAGGGCUCCUGCCUUUGCAGCUGUUCCAUCUUGGGAAGGUUUUACUCCAGUGGCAAACUUAAGGCUGAACUUGGCUUCUUCACAGAGCUCUUUCCACACAAGAGCCCUCAAAUUUCCUCCCAGCCUCUUUUCCACCUCUCUCCCUUCCCAGACACCCAACAGCCUGGACAGAAGCUUUGCAGACUCCCCUGAGCCUGAACUAACACCUCAGCUUUAAUGACAAAAGGGAGUUUUGCUUGGAGGGAGGCAGGUGGUGACACUGGAGGUGGCAUUUUGGAGGGGGCAUUCCAGAGGUCCCCAGCUGGCAGGAAUUCUGUGCCACUUCCUCGUGGAUGGAGCAGGGACGGCCCUGGGAGGCACUCCCCGUGGUGGGAUGCUGGCAAGGGGAGCACAGGCUGUUCCUUUCACCAAUAUUCCUGUUUUUCCUGUAGCAGUAGUUAUUUAGGGGUAAGGUUUUCUCAGCUGGAAUGUCACUUUACAGAUUAAAAAAAUAAUAAUAAAAACAAAAAUAAGGGCAAGGAGUCUGUCCUGAGGAGUUUACAGUCUACAGCAAAGACCAUGUAACCUGCACUGCACUUUAGAAGCCUCAAAUGCUCACUCACCCAUGAAUUUCCCCUCCACUGGGCAGCAGCCCCCUGAGGGCAGCUGUCCCUUCCUUAGUGACCCCUGACCAGCCCCAGCCAUGUCGCUGCUGGUGACAGAGCCCCCGGGGCUCUCCUGCCCCACUCCCCAUGCAGAAGUGCCUGAGCAAAGCCCAGGAGAGCCGAGCCCUGCUGGGUUUGUCCCUGUGCCCCUGGGGGCCUUUCCCUGCUGUGCUCCCUGGGAUGGCCACGGCUGGGCUGGGAGUGGUGCCUGGAGCACCCCUGAGUGACCCUCAGGGCUGUCACCAACCCUGGGACAGCCCCUGGAAAGCCUCCUCUUCCAGACACUCACAACCCAAACCCAGACUUUGAAGUGGUUCCAUCUUUUUGAGAGUCAAAGGGGUUGUUUUUCUGUGUCAAUCUGAUUUUUCUUGGACAAACCCCAGGGUUUUUAGGCUCGCUCUGUCCAGCUCCACCUCCUCCAGGUGAAAAAUGUGCCUGUGUUUUGGUGGUGGAGGGAAUAAAAAACCCAAACCAAACCCCGGAGUUAAGGACUUCAGGGAGGAGGUGUUUGCCUCAAAACCUUCAGAGCUGUGCCCACAGGCAGGGUGGGACACGAGGAUGUCCCCAGGGUGCUGUCACCACCCUGGUGGUGUCACCAGGCUGGGGCAGAGCCUGCAGCAAGGGCAGGGCUCCUGCAGAGGGAAACCCCAGGCAGGAGCUGCAUGGACAACGUCCCCUGAGGGCAGAGCUGAUGUGACAGGACCCAAAGUGGUGUCUGAAUUACAGGCUGACAGGACCCAAAGUUGUGUCUGAAUUACAGGCUGACAGGACCCAAAGUGGUGUCUGAAUUACAGGCUGACAGGACCCUGAGGCCACCACAGCAGCACUGCUGCUUCACCCUCCCCUGGGCAUCCUCCAGCAGGGAUCUUCCCCACCUCUCCCUCCUCCCAGGAGCAGGAUUAAAGCUCUUGCUGGUUGUUGUGAGCCCCAGUGGUGUGCAAGGAGCCUUUCCCUGCACGCUGCUACUGCUCAGUGGUAAUUCCAGCUCUUGGUUCUGUAUGAGCUUAAGAGUGCAGAGAGGAAAUAAAAAGGCAGAAAGGAACCAGCCCAGCGUUUCAGGUUGGUCAUGCUCACAUCUGCCUGCACAGGAGAAACCUCAGUCAGGUGAAACCCUGUGCCAGGCCACCAAGGGCAGCAAAGAGGGGCUAAAUCUGUUCUGCAGGUCAGUGUGGGACUGAGCUGUGGCAGGAAGGAGCUGAGCCAGGUCUCAGGAAAGUUUCUGGAGGUGAGGAUGGAGAAACUCAGGUCACAGGGGCUCUGCCAUGGCUUUGAGGGUUUAAGGCCAGAGGGAAGCUCUGGCCUUGUGUGCAGCCAGGGAGUGCUGGGGGUGCCCACAGGGCCUUUCUGGUUUGUAAUUCUCCCUCAUCCCCUCCCUGGGGCUCUGUCCCCCCAAGGGUGGGUUACAGCCCCAGGGCAGCUGCUUCUGCUCCCCCUUGGUUUUGGUGCUGAGCCUGAAGGAGAAUAAAGAUAAAAUGUGCUGCAGAACCAGCACUGAGAGGAAAGGGUGUGAGCUCCCAGCUGCUUCUGCUGUAUUUCAGUGGUUAGAAGGCAGCAGCUCCUCUGGACCAUCCAUCAUCCACAGACUGUAGUGAGUAAACCAUCAAGGUGGACAAUUUAACAUUUACCCUUUAACUGGGGGUAGCUCAGUUGAGAAAUCUAAAAAUAAAAUGUAAAAAAAAAAAUAUCUAAAAAUAAGCAAAUUAAAAAAAACCAAACCCAACAACCCACCCACAAAACAAAAAAGCAAACAAACAGCUCACAUGUGAUUUCCAGAAGGAUAAACUGUUCCCUUUCCAUCCCUCAGACCUAGAGGGAAGGUCAGACACAGCAACACUUCCCAGUCAGUCAGCAACAGAAUGAAGCAGGUGCCACCAGGAGCACUUCCAAAAACCCCAGGAAACUGGUGUUUAAGGAAAAGCAAUAAUCACAUCACCCCAAGGCAGCAAGGAGAGGGUUUCCUGCCACUACAGGAGGUGCUUUCACCCCUGGAGGCCCCUCCCCAGCUCAAGAGUUUCAAAUCCCAUUGAUUUUCACCUCUCACUGGUGCUGGUGCCAUCCUGGUGCUGGGAUUGCUCACUCCAUGGAAAAUCACUUCUUGCCAUGGAAAAACCACAAAAAUCUUGUGUUAAAGAGGGAGAGGACGUGGGGCCAGGGGCACUCUUGUGCUGCCCGUGGAGAGCUGCUGGUGAUUUCCUCCUGGCAGCAGGAGCAGCUCAGGCAGAGCCCUGCCAGGGCUCCAAAAUUCACAGCCAUGAGCAUCAGCACCCCCCUCACUGCUCCCCUCCAAUUCAAUUUUACACUGAGAUGUUCCAGCUCUGUCUGUAGCUCUGGCUGGUUUUCCACAAAUGGGGCUGCUCUUUCUGGUGUUUUUUUUGUCUCAGGUCAGAGCAGAGCAGGUAAAGAAAGCAAAUCCCAGACUCCCAGAACUGUUUGGAUUUCCAGUCUGGUUUCCACCCCCUGCCAGGGCAGGGACCCCUUCCACUAGACCAAGUCCCACCCCACCUGCUCAAAUCCUCACAAAUUU